ACACACCAGCCACAACCGAUCAGCAGAGACAGGCCGCAGCCUCCCUUUCGAUGCCCUCCCUCAACACCAGCAUACCGCUCACAAAUUGGGGCACUGACCUCAGUGCGGCUUCAGGGGACUGGUCAUACGACAUCACCAGCCCGACACUCGACUCGACGGCAUUCAACAGCAACACCAAUACCAGUGGCAACAAUAAUAAUAGCGCAUCAGCAUAUAACAGCGGCGCAGGAACGCCAAUCGGGGCAUUUACGCCAGGACUUUUCUCCCGGCAGGACUCUGGGGACAGUAUAUACCAAUAUCAGGAGAGGAGGCCGCAACCACCCUUCAGACCCGGGCUGGGUGGCGGCGGUGGUGGCAGUAGCAGCAGCAUCGGGACGUCAGGUUGAUUGACGGAGGCACAAUGAAACGAAUGAGUUAGUCGGGUAGCGAGCGACUGACGAUUGGUUGGGUUGGGUUGGAAAGGUUUGGGAUCUCUUUUUUCGAUUUUCCUUUUCUUUUUAAGCGGUCAUAUAUAUAUCUGGUGGCUGAGCUGGCGUGGUUCGGAAGCACCGUCUUUUGAAGCUGAAGUCAGAAGCGAAGUGCGUUAUUUGAUGGACUGAUGUCUUUGUUCAGGAACAAGAGGAAGCGAGCAUCUAUCAUCCAUGGGACGCACCAGUUUUGGGAAUAAUUAAAAAAAAAAAAAAGUCGCACAAUCCAUUGUUCUAGCGACGCGC